AUACUCCACUGAUAAAUAUUGGCACGUCCCUCAUUUUGAGAAAAUGCUCUACGAUCAGGCUCAAUUGUUGAUGAGUUAUGUUGAAGCCUAUGUUAUCUCGAAAGACCAUUAUUACGCAAACGUAGCACGCGACAUUAUAAGGUAUGUGGAAAGAGAUUUGAGGGAUACUGAAGGUGGUGGGUUCUUUUCCGCCGAGGAUGCCGACUCUUAUCCUUACGAAGACGCUGAACAUAAACUUGAGGGUGCCUUUUGCGUAUGGGAAGAAUCUGAGAUCAAAGAAAUUUUGGGUGAUAGAAAUUCCGAAGUAUUCAGCUGGCAUUUUGGCGUGAAGUUAGAAGGAAACGUCGAUCCUAGAAAGGAUAUUCAGGGAGAAUUGAAAAAAAAAAAUGUCUUGAUUGAAUCUCAUACACUCGAAGAAACAGCAGAUCACUUCAAGCUUUCUUUGGAUGAAUUAAAUGAGAUACUUUCAGAGUCAAAAGAAAAACUUUUAAAAUUCAGAUUCGAAAAAAGGCCAAGACCACAUCGUGACGAUAAAAUCUUGACAGCUUGGAAUGGGUUGAUGAUUUCUGGUCUUGCUCGAGCUUAUGACGCGUUGCAUGAUGAGAAGUUUCGUGAUUUAGCAGAAAAGGCAGCUAGUUUCAUAAAAGAACGGAUGUACGAUAGGGACAGAAAUAUAUUGCUGAGAAGUUUUAGGGAGGGUCCCAGUGAUGUUGAAGGAUUCUCCGACGACUACAGCUUUCUGGUUGGAGGCUUACUCGAUCUUUAUCAAUCAACUUUUAACGAAUCAUACCUUGAAUGGGCGAUUGAAUUACAAGAAAAGCAGGACCAAUUGUUCUAUGAUGAAAACGGAGGUGGAUAUUUUAAUGUUGGAGAAAACUCCAAAGAUAUAUUAAUCAGAUUAAAGGAUGCCCACGACGGUGCCGAACCUUCGGCGAACUCGAUUGCAGUUAGUAAUUUAAUUCGUCUCGGAAAUAUAGUUGAUAAUCCCGAUUAUAACCGACGAGCCGAGGAAACUUUGAGAUUCUUCGCGGGAAGAUUAAGUGACGCGCCAUAUUCAAUGCCAGUUAUGGUAUCUAAUUUGGUACUAUAUUUGAAGGGCGUCAAACAGCUAAUAAUUUCUGGGCGCAAACAAGAUACGAAUGUUCAACAAUUUCUUGACAUAAUUCGAUCAAAAUUUAUUCCAAACAUACUUCUCCUGUUAGCAAAUCCAGAAGAGAGUUCCAUGUUAAGGGAGAAGAAUGAAACCAUAAAAAGCAUUUUGGAUAGUGAGUCUGAUGGUCUCAUACCAUCAGUUCAUGUCUGUGAAAAUUUCACAUGCAGUAAGCCGAUUAGUGAUGUCAAAGAGCUGGAAGAUAAGCUUAAUGAGUAG